AUGUCAACAAUAUUGAUCUUGUCAGGGUCCAUCUCUGGAGAGAAAUCAUCAGCCACCAAGGCGAAAUUGGAUGACACCAGGAAGAUGCAGAUCACAGCCCUCAUUGGUAUGAGCAAUGGCUGCCCCAUCGCCCUCUGGAAAGUGAUCAACAACUGUUAUGGCAACAAUGAUGUUGCUCUCCAGACUGCCUGGUGUGAUCUUGGCAAGCCUGAUAUCUACCUUGUCUGUGUGGGUGACAUGAGCAUCAACCCUGUGUUUGAAGCCCAGUUCAAUGCACUCUUGGAUGACAUGCCCAUGGACGCUGUCCUCAAGGCGCUUGACUGUGUUGAGGCCUUGCACCAUGCCACUUCUGGCCCUGAAAUGGCCAUUCAAGUUGUGUAG